GAUGUUCUAUAGUUCGAAUUGAUCCACCAAUUACUGGUGAUAUGUCGUUGACUUUACGUGCAUCAACUUCUGAUUUAAAACGUCCAUCUGAUUUUAAUGCAACAGUAUCUAUAACUGGUUCACCUGAUAAAACAACAAUUACUUAUCGAUUUUUAACUCAAGUUGAACAAAAAAACUUCCCAUAUAUAAAGUGUUCUUUUUAA